CUCUGACUACAUUUGGAGCGACUGUCCGUAAAGUGAAGGGCCAGUGGGGAGGGGAGCGCCGGUCUGAGGAAGGGCUGCGGCACCAUUCAUGCCCACUCCACACUGCGCGCAAUGAGCAAUGUCUCACCCAUCAAGGAACCUGCAACCCCUGACUAGUGGACGACUCUCAGCAAACAAAGUCUUUAGGUCCAAUGGAAUCUGAAUUUUACUGGAGGAAAAUUUGGCUCCCGUGUUCUGCUUUCUGUCCAUAAAUGCUUUGCAACAACUCAAGGAGAAUCGACUGAAUUCUUACUGAGGGGGACAUGGACGCCAUGGAGAACCCAGUCCUGGAGCCGAGAUCCGAGCGGAUCGCACGCUAUAAAGCUGAGAGGAGGCGGGAACUGGCUGAGCGCUAUGGCAACAUGGAAGAGCUGCCGACCAAGUGGGUGAGGAGGGACGGGAAAGAGAUGCACGACCUGGCGACCCAAGCCCACGGAGGGACACUGAAUUCAGAUGGCCUUGACGAAAGAGUUAACGGGAGGACGCGAGGGGUUACAAAUGGAUUAGAUGCAGAGUCUGCGGAUUUCAGCUACUUGAGGAGGCAGGGUUCCCAGGACUCUGCCAGCAUGCUGAGUGGGGAGGGGUACCACGUCCCUAUUGGACUCGAUGCCCCGCAGCUCCACACUCGGGUGUCGGUGGGCCAGUUGAGAAGUGCCCUUCUGCAGCAGACGGGGAACGGAGCUCAGCCCGAGAAAGUUUGUCCUGCCACGUCCUCUCUGGAUCUGGCUGUGAAACCGGGCUCAGAGGGGGGCCGGCGACGCACGCGGCGUUACCUCCCCGGUGGGUCAGGUGGCGGUCGUAAGACCAGCGAACGCUUCAGGACACAGCCAAUCACAGCCAAUGAGAUGGAGGAGAGCAGCGGGCUGUUGGACGCAGAAGAAGAGGAGAACUGUAAAGCUGAUGUGAAAACAGACGACAGAGCCAAGAUGAGUGUGGCAGCCAAGAUGUCUUUGUUUAAAGAGCUCGAGAAGUCUGCCGCCCCCGAGGCCUCGGCUUUACUGAAGCCUCGCUCUGGCAGUGUCUGCCAUGAGCGCAGGGUACGCCGUGGCAACGACCAUCGCUUUCUGACUCAGCCAAUCACCUGUGAGGAAAUUGUGGCAAUCAGCGCUCCCAAACCAGCACCACCAGUAGAGUCCCAGUCUGUACAGGCUGAACCAGUGGAAGAUGGUGAUGAGAGCUGCAAGCUGAGCAUGAGUGAAAAGCUGGCCCUCUUCAACAAACUGUCCCUGCCGGGUAGUCAGGGGGCCGGCCCUGCUGACGGGCCCCCAGAGCGACGGAGGCAGAAGGGAGCUCGGUACCGCACACAGCCCAUCACUGUGGAGGAGGUCAGCCUGCUCCAGAAAGGCCCAGUACAGCUUCCUGCCUUCUCUUUGUCCGCUCAUCUGUCCGACAGACAGCAGGCCUCGUCUGUCAACCUAAAACCCAGUGAGGUACGUCUUUCCCAGCCAAGACCUGAUGUCGGUCCCUUGCCAGGGGAGCCUAGCGUCCCUACCGAGCAGGGCCUGCGGCGCCACGACUCUGAGCCCGGCUUGAGAGGAAUCCUGAAGAAGAGCAGCACUGUGAGCUCAGAGUGGACCAGGACGGAGAGCGGUCAGACGGAUGCACCGUCCAGCCAUGAACAGAAUGGCAGGGGUUGUGAAGAAGCAGAGACACAAGGGAGGAUUGAGAGAACAGAGCGGCCGAAUAUUCCUGUACCACCACCGCGGAGAGAGAGGCGUCAGGCCGCAGGCGGGGAGGGAGGCUCGCUGCCUGCCGCUCCCUGGAGGCAGAGGGCUCGAAACAGGAGGGAAACCAUUGCCUGUAUGCCAGUAAGAGCCAUGUCAGAGCAGGAGACUCCUCUGGAGGAGACCAGACCACAGGAAGAGCUGGUUUCCACUGUGGAGCACAGCUCAGAUACUGUUGGGAGAGUUCAGCAACAGACCGAGGCAGAGAGUGUGAGGAAGAUGAAUGAAGACACCACAGUCAGGGGACACGUUCAGGUCACACUGGUAGAUGACACCGUUAAACUGCAGGCGGCGAACAACACCAGCAGAAGUCAGGAAGAGACAGAUAAUGUGGAGCGUGUCAGCCCUCAGUGCUGGGAACCCGUUUUUGCCUCUGUCUUUUCUAGCAGCACGCCCCAAUAUAUCAUGUGUUUCAAUCAGACGAGUCUGUCCUUUGAGGCACAAGAAGUCUCCUCUCCUACCAAGACUCAGCCUCAGUGGAGACAGAAGACGGGAAUUGAGGAUGAACUUCAGACAGACAAUGCUGAAGAAAUGAACUCACAGCAGGAGAGAAACGAGCAAGAGACCGGACGAAUGGCCAAGAGAGGUCUUGGAUCUCCAGAAUCAGACAGAAAUGAUGCCUCACACAACAAGAGACAGUCCACUGAAGCUGCAACAUGUGAAGGUGUUUGCUCAACAGAAUUCUCUGUUCGGUCUGUGAUGGUGUUUGAAGCUUCACAGAGCUCUACGCUCUCAGCGGCUUCAUGUGAGGUGAAGGAGGCGACGACUGUGGUUGAAUCAAACACGUUUGAUGGAGGUUUCUACAGAGAUCAGUCACACCCGUCCGCCUGCGCACCCCCACCCUGUGGAGGGGUUGCUGCCACAGAGAGCGAGCAGGACCUGGGCAUCAUCUGCCAGACCAACACACCCAUACUGACCUCAGCAGUAGCACAGCACAGGCGCUCGGUGCGUCCGUCCCGUCGGACUCAGGGCUCCAGAAACCCUCUGAGGGCUCUGGCUGCCAGAGAUGACAUCAGGCAGGACUACAUGGGAGAGAGAGUGAACACAUCUUCUGAGGAGGCAAACCAAGCAGAGAAGAAGUGCAAGAACUCCUCUGAGUCACAUCACACCAGAUCAGAAGACGUCAUCUCUUCCUCAGAUAGUGCAAAGUCUUAUCCUCCAUUCAGCAACCUGAUGCUCAUUCACAUCAAAGGUAGGCGGCAUAUCCAGGUCCGCCUGGCGGAGCCGUCAGUGCGGUCGCUGAACAGCGGAGACUGCUUCCUGCUGGUCACUCCGGAACACUGCAUCCUGUGGAACGGGGAGUUUGCCAAUGAACAAGAGAAAGCCAAGGCCUCUGAGCUGGCAUCAUCCAUCCAGAGUCAGAGGGAUCUCGGCUGUCAUGCCUCCCAGGUCGUCCAGCUGGAGGAGGGGCUGAACUGUGACAGCAGCCUGGCUGCAGACUUCUGGAGCCGUCUAGGAGGAAGGGCGCAAUACAGAGGAGCAAGUGCAGAAGAGGAGGAUGAGCUCUUUGAGCGGGGGGUGGUGGAGUCCAACUGUGUGUACAGGCUGGUGGAUAACAGACUGGUGCCCCUUGAACAGGCCUGGGCCUCCAUCCCUAGUAUCUCCCUGCUGGGCUCCUCUGAGGCCCUUGUGUUUGAUUUCGGCAGUGAGGUGUACUUGUGGCAUGGACAGGAUGUUUCCCUCAGCAGGAGGACUGUUGCUCUCCAGCUGACUCACCAAGUGUGGGCUGGAGCUUAUGACUACAGCAACUGUCGAGUCAAUCCACUGGAUCCCACACAGUGUAACCCCAGCAUGCCGCGGACUGGUGAGGGGCGUCCCAGCUGGGCGUUGUUUGGUUGUGUCUCCGAGCAAAAUGAGACAGCUCUGUUCAGAGAGAAGUUCCUGGACUGGACGGGGAAGACUGGAGACAAGGAGGACGUUGCUCCAGUGAACAACGAGACACAGCCCAUCCCAGUUCAGUCUCCUCAGCCCAUGUCCCCAUCAUCAGAUCCCCUGAGUGCUUGUGACGCCAAAGCUCUGGUGUCAGGUCAGUCAGUGGAAGGAGACGGCUUGGUCCACAAUGUGUUGGCUGGGGUUGAUGUCCAGAGGGGGCAUGGAGUCAUCACGUUGGAAGAAGGAGGUCAGAUGGAGCUGAAAACAGUCGCUGUGGACACCUGGCACGUCCAGGAGUUUGACGACAGUGAAAUUCCCGUUGAGAGCACCGGACAGCUUCACGAAGGAGACUCCUACGUCAUCCGCUGGACAUACAGCAUCAACACUGUUGAUGCCAUAAACUGUCCUGAUGAGAGUAGCAGAGUUCCCGCACAGAAAGAAAACACUGCCUUGUUCCUGUGGAGAGGACGUCACUCCUGUGUCAGCGGGCGGGACACUGCUGCUUUCCUGUCCAUUGGGAUGAACAACCACGAAGAGUCACAGGUGGUGGUACCUCAGGGGAAGGAACCCCCCUGUUUCCUGCAGCUUUUCCAGGGAGGUCUGGUCAUUCACAAGGGCAAGCGAGAGGAGGCCUCUAAUGCAGCAGAGUGGCGUUUGUUCUGUGUGCGAGGAGAGCUACCAGAGGAGGGCUCUCUGUUAGAGGUGGAUUGCGGUUGUGCUGGUCUCAGGUCCAGGGGCUCUGUUGUUCUUCUUAACAGCCAGCAGGGGGUGCUGUAUCUCUGGACUGGCUGUAAGGCUCAUACCAGCUCCAGGGAGGUCAGCAAGAGGGCAGUGGAGCGUCUCACUCAAAUGUGUCCACCAGAGUUGGGUCUCAGUCAAAGCAGACCUGUGAAGGUGCAAGUAGUGGAUGAAGGUUCAGAACCUGCAGACUUCUGGACAGCACUGGGACAGAUGGACAGGAAGGCCUACGACUGCAUGCUGCAAGAUCCAGGAAAGUAUAACUUCACACCUCGCCUCUUCCACCUGAGCGCCGCCUCUGGGAGUUUCCGGGCCGAAGAGCUGCAAAGUCCAACGAGGCUGCCAGGACUUGUGAUGGCAAUGCCCUUUGUCCAGGAGAGUCUGUACUCUGUACCACAGCCUGCCCUGUUCCUGCUCGACAACCGUCUAGAGGUCUACCUGUGGCAGAGGGGUCAGCCCGAACAGACCGAGAGCGCGGCUUCAGCUUGGAGCUGCUGGCAUAACGAGAGGAGGUGUGCCAUGCAGACGGCGCUGCAGUACUGCAAAGAGAUGAACCCAAGACGCCCACCACAGGCCUACCUCAUCUUUGAGGGGUCAGAACCUCUCACCUUCACUAAUGUGUUCCCCCGCUGGGAGAAGAGCCUGGGACCCCACACACAGGGCAAUGCGGGGCGGAUGAAGCUGACCUUGGUGCAGGACGCCCUGGCCCAGCUCAUGAAGACCCAAUACCCUCUGGAAGACCUGCUGCGGAGCCCCUUACCUGAAGGGGUGAACCCCCAGCACCUGGAGGUCUACCUGUCCGAUCAAGACUUCCAGACCAUUUUGGAAAUGAAGAGAGAUGAAUACGCCUCUCUCCCAAGCUGGAAGCAAAUUGAUCUGAAGAAAAGCAAAGGGCUGCUUAACUAGACAGCAAAAACUGGAGGACGCUCCUGCGGCAGGGACUUCCUCCUCCACCGAGAAGGGAUGAUGGCAGGGGGAUAUUUGCAUCAUGUUGCUGCACAAAGGACUGCUCACAACGUCAUAAAAAUAGGAAAGAAAUUCACUUUUAUUUAUGUCAAAUUAGUACGAGUGUGUGGACUUUUUAUCAGACAUGGAUUUCUCCGUAGCUAUUGUUCAGAGCAAAAACACAUUUUCCUAUGAAACUUCAUUUUAUCUGUACAAAUAAAGAAAGAUAAACAAAAAAAAAGAAAAAAGAAAAGGUGUGUGGGAGUGAGGGAAGGACAUCAGUAACAAGCUGUGGGAUAUGGAUGAGAAAACAAAGGAGUGCUUACAAAAUAAUUCAAUGCUAAUAAAAAUGUAAACAAGAAAAAAAUAAAAAUAAAAGGCUGUCCACUUUCUAAAUGCUUCCUCCUCGAUUGAUCCAUCAAAACAUCUCUGUGCACUCAGAGCUGCGGUGUGAUUUCAGAUUUCAAAGUAAAAGCUGCUUUUGUUCCUGAUUGUCACUGAAAUUUUAACAAUAAGCAUGUUUGACUCCAUCAUCUAUUUUACAGUCACGUGUCAUACAAUGUGCUAAUGUGUUGAUUUAUCUGCCAGCAUCGUGUGUACAAAGGUUUGUGCCAUGUGUAUUGAAGCCCAUGUGUUAUUUGUGGCUGUGGGUAAUGCCUUAUUAUUCACUAUUAACUAUGCCUGGAGGAGCAGGUGCUCCGAUAUCAUCCCUCUGUCCCAAAGCAACACACUAACUCUGCUUCAACUCAAUCAACAAAUACAUUCUCACAACAUGGCUUAACAGAUAAUGGUGCUUUGUUUAAAAUGUCUUUGUGAUAUCAUUCUUCUUGGCCACAUGCAGAUGGAAAACAGCUCUUACAGGUGAACUUGAUAAUUCAUUUGAGGUUUUUUUUUAAAAAACAGUUUGUUGCCAGUGAAAAGUGUUUCAUGACUCACUGUGUAGCACUGACUUCGUACAGCCAGCUAGGUGCUCUGGGUACUCUGUACUUAAAAAUAACAAUGCUAACGUGCUCAUAUUCAGC